AUGUCAAAAGUUAUUCAGUUUCGCAUAAGGGGGGGCAGGAUACGGAGCUCACAUCAUGUAUUAUAUACUAAAAAACUUACUUUUGGAUUUUGCCUUCUUAAUGUUAUAGGUUUUGUUAUUCGGGGAAAGAGAAUCCUGACAAAUGCUCAUGUUGUGGCUGAUCAUACAUUUGUACUUGUACGAAAGCAUGGUUCUCCAACCAAGUAUAGAGCAACAGUUCAGGCUGCUGGUCAUGAAUGUGACUUGGCUAUUCUAGUGGUAGAAAGUGAAGAAUUUUGGGAGGGCAUGAACUCUUUGGAGCUUGGUGAUGUUCCCUUUCUCCAAGAAGCCGUGUCCGUUGUUGGUUAUCCUCAAGGGGGAGACAAUAUAUCUGUUACGAGAGGUGUUGUCUCAAGGGUUGAACCUGCAAAAUAUGUACGUGGUGCUAGUCAGCUAUUGGCAAUACAAAUUGAUGCGGCUAUAAAUCCAGGAAAUAGUGGAGGACCAGCAAUCAUGGGUGAUAAAAUUGCUGGAGUUGCUUUCCAAAACCUUUUGGGUGCAGAGAAUAUUGGCUACAUUAUUCCUGUUCCUGUUAUAAAGCAUUUUAUAGCUGGCGUAGAAGAACAUGGUGAAUACGUUGGGUUUUGCUCUCUAGGCUUGUCAUGCCAACGUAUUGAAAAUGCACAAAUUCGAGAAUACUUCCAAAUGCAGUCCAAAUUGACAGGUGUGCUUGUUAGUGGAAUCAACCCACUUUCUGAUGCUUCUAGAGUAUUUAAGAAAGACGAUAUAAUCCUCUCAUUUGAUGGUGUACCCAUAGCAAAUGAUAGAACAGUUCCUUUCCGAAACAGAGAGAGAAUCACAUUUGACCAUCUCGUAUCUAUGAAGAAACCAAAUGAAACUGCUGAACUUAAAGUCUUGAGGAAUGGUGAAGUGCAUGACUUCAAGAUCACGCUUCAUACUUUGCAACCACUUGUUCCAGUUCAUCAAUUUGACAAGCUCCCUAGUUAUUUCAUUUUUGCUGGCCUCGUCUUUGUUCCAUUAACUCAACCAUUCCUUAACGAGUAUGGAGAAGACUGGUAUAAUAUCUCGCCCCGUCGGAGUCGGUUGUGUGCACGAGCACCUCGGGGACUGCGUAAGAAACCUGGCGAACAAUUCAUCAUCCUUUCACGGGUGUUGAUGGAUGAUGUUAAUGCUGGUUAUCAGCGCCUUGCCGAGUCACAGGUGAAGAAGGUUAAUGGUGUACAAGUUUUGAAUCUGAAACAUUUACGUCAGCUUGUGGAAGAUGGUAACAAAAAUUAUGUGAGAUUUGAUUUGGAUGGUGAGAGGGUGAUUGUUUUGGAUCAUGAAUUGGCAAGAAUAGCCACACUGCGUAUAUUGAAACGCCAUAAAAUACCUCAUGUCAUGUCUAGCGACCUUACUGAUGAUCAAGAUGCAGCUGAACUUCAGUCGGCUUGCUCAACCUAAUUUUUGUAUUACAAGCAAAAUUCUCUGUAGUGGUGUCAUUUGUCCGAAUAUUUUUUUGUUAUAGCGAAUGUUGUUAUAGAGAAA